AUGCUCCCUCGUCGUCGUAACGUUGGUGUUCCUGAACGGACGCCCCUGUUAGAAGAAAAUUUGACUUCAUAUAACAAACUAGAUAAAAAAGGAACCCCCUAUUUGCUACAGAAAUUUCAAGAUCAACAAAACCCUAGUGGAUCAGACGUUAGAUUUGAAGAAAACGACAGUGUUUUUGAUUUCCUUGAAGAUUUUGUAUUUGAUCCAGUUAUGGCUGCCCGAGACAGAACUAAUGAGUUUGUAGCAACUGUUCGCAGUCUACAAAGCAGAACAAGCAUUAGACCAGUUAUUAAAGAUAAACGUAAAGCAGAAGUGCUUGAAACUUAUUCACAGUUUAUGAGUAUGGCUAAAGUCAUCAGUAAAAAUAUAACAAGCACUUAUACCAAAUUAGAAAAAUUAGCAUUGUUGGCUAAAAAGAAGUCGCUGUUUGAUGACCGGCCUAUAGAGAUUCAUGAAUUAACUUAUAUUAUUAAGGGUGAUCUAAACUCUUUAAACCAACAAAUUGCAAGAUUAGGAGAAAUGCCCAAAGGUCGACGCAGUAUGCACAGUCAUUCUUCGAGUGUGGUUCUUGCAUUACAGUCAAGAUUAGCAUCAAUGAGUAAUCAAUUCAAACAGGUACUUGAAGUGAGAUCUGAAAAUCUUAGACAUCAAAAUAAUCGAAGGGAACAAUUUUCAAGUGUAGCACCUGUUGUUAAAGAGGUCCCAUCAUUACUACAACCAGAUGAAGUUAGUAUAGAUUUGGGUGAAGCCUCCAGUUUGCAAACUCAGCAGUUUGCAUUGCGAGAUGAUACAGACUCUUAUGUGCAGCAAAGAGCAGAGACUAUGCACAAUAUAGAAAGUACUAUUGUUGAAUUGGGAGGUAUCUUCCAGCAAUUGGCUCAUAUGGUGAAAGAGCAAGAUGAAGCAAUAGGAAGAAUUGAUGCAAACAUUCAAGAAGCUGAAAUGAAUGUUGAAGCAGGGCACAGAGAAAUAUUAAAAUAUUUUCAAAAUGUCACUGGUAAUAGAGCACUUAUGUUUAAAGUAUUUGGGGUAUUGAUUUUCUUCUUUAUAUUCUUUGUUGUAUUCAUGGCUUGA